AUGAUGAAUGAUGGUAAAGAAGUGUCGAAAGAUACACGAAAUCAUCGUACAGUUGAAGAGGGUAUGAUGGUUGUGGAACCAGAAGGUGAAAUGAAUGAUGAUCACUGGGUAUUAGAUGAUCGCAUGAAACGUAUGAUUAUGGACUUGCAAAGGCAUUGGCUUACUGAUUAUCAACAGUCUAGGGAAAAGUUAUUGGUUGAAAUGACCGAACGACUUCAUCAGGAAUUUCUUUCGGAUCAGCAGAAAAUCAGAACAGAACUUCUCACGCAGUUCAAAGAUGAGUUAGAUGCAACUAGAGCUGAAUUGGAAGAAAAGUAUCGGGAGUCUUUAAAAGUUGAACUGGCUAAAAUAAAUGAAAAGCAUAGAAAAGAAGUAUCAAACAUUAAAAAGAAGCAAUGGUGUUGGCAAUGUGAAGCAGAAGCGAUCUAUCAUUGCUGCUGGAAUACUGCCUAUUGUAGCGUGGAGUGUCAACAAAGUCAUUGGGCAACUCAUCGAAAGUUCUGUCGACGUAAGAAACAAAAUGUCAGUGCUAAUCAGCCACAGCAACAAAAAAACACAUAG